AUGUCCAACUCUUCGGUGUGUUGCGCCUUUGAAUCCCCUAUCUUGGACAGAGUCCUUCCACCUGUUCUUUUUCUGGAGUUCAUUUUCGGACUCACGGGGAACAUUCUGGCUCUCUGUAUGUUCGCUUUUCACAUGGAGAGUUGGAAACCCAACUCCAUUUACCUGGCUCACCUGGCUGUAGCCGACUCCGUGGUACUGUUCUGUCUGCCGUUCAGAGCCGACUACUAUCGCAGGGGAAAGAACUGGGUCCACGGCGACAUCUUCUGCCGCGUCCUGCUCUUCCUCCUGGCUGCCAGCAGAGCCGCCGGCAUCUUCUUCCUCACUGCAGUGGCCGUGGACCGCUACCUGAAGAUAGUGCACCCUCUGAACCGCAUAAAUCGGAUGGGUCUGGCGUACGCCUCGUGGGUUUCCUUCGGCCUAUGGGCGAUGAUCGUAGCUAUGACGGCUUACUUGUUGUCCUCACCACACUUUUACAGGCUCGGUAACCGCACCCAGUGCGAGAGCUUUAACAUAUGCAUGGGCACCAACCCACUGUCGACUUGGCACAACUGCUUCUACGUGAUUCAGUUCUGCGCACCCAGCAUCAUCAUCGUCUUCUGCACUGUGUGCAUUACGUUACAGCUGAAAAACAAUACAAUUGACACAACAGGGAAGAUAAAACGAGCGGUUCAGUUCAUUUUGAUCGUAGCUAUGGUGUUUAUCGUCUGUUUCUUUCCGAGCACUGCAUCACGGGUCGCCGUGUGGAUCCUGAAGAGUUGGUACAGCGAGUGUCCUCACUUCAGCGAGGCAAAUCUGGCUUUUUAUACUUCGGUCUGUUUUACCUAUUUUAACAGUGUGCUCAACCCUUUGGUUUACUACUUCUCUACUCCUGCGUUCAGUGGAACCAUUCAGAAACUUAUUAUGAAGCUGAGUGGGAAAAAAACAAACCUACUAAAUACAGUAACAAGUGACUAG